CCUCAUUCUAUUUUCAACUCUCGGACCAAUCGUUUCGGCACUCCAAAUUCUAAAUUUCUAAAUUCAAAAAUAAAAUUUCAAGAUGCCUUGCUGCCAACCUUGCUGUGGUCCUGCCUGCUGUUACCCCUGUAAUAACGUGCCCUGCUGUGGCCCGCACAGUCCGCCCUGCGGUGCUCCUUCUCCAAUUCCGUGCUCCCCCGCGCCAGGCAUGUGCUGCCCUCCAUUGCCCGAGGGCGGCAUUCCCGAUCCCCGUGUGUGGAACUACUACAACACACCCGUCACUUAUCCAUGUGGCUUCUAAAUGGAACAGGCAAUCGAUCGGUGUCUAGAUAGUGUGAUAUGGAUGUGGCAGUUGAAGCAUGCAGUUGCCC